GUUGAUCAGUGCUUCUUUCAUCCUCUCCCAUGCUUUAGUGACGACUGCAUCUACAUCCCUAUUUCUGUUUCAUUUCGAAGGAUUAAAAAUAAAAAAGCUGUUCAGAGGCACCAAGGAGAGACUCUACAUCUUCGAUGUGCAUGAGAUGACAGUGAGGAUACCUUAGAGGGACUGCAAGCCUGGCCACGAUUUGCAGGAAAAUGCAGCUUUGGAUUUCAUAUGUUUUGCUCGGUGCAACUUCAGUGGGCAUUGUUGAGAUGUCUGACCAUUAUGGGGAAAUCUGUCAAGAGCUGUGUGCCUGUGAGGAAAGAGAAGGGAUGCUUACAGCAAGCUGUGAAAGCAGAGGAAUUGCAAGACUUUCAAAUAUAAGCCCACUACCCUUCUCUCAUUAUCAACUGCUCCUUACUGGGAAUCUUUUAACAAAACUUUUAACUAAUGAUUUUGCUGACUACACAGGUCUAACAAUAUUACAUCUAGGAAAUAAUAAAAUAUCAGAAAUUAAAGCAGGGGCUUUUAAUGGACUGAGGGGAUUAAAACGAUUACAUCUCAACAAUAACAAAAUUGAUGCCUUGAAGGAAGAAUUUUUCUAUGGCCUUGAAAGUCUAGAAUAUUUACAGCUUGAUUAUAAUUACAUCACCCAUGUGGAGCAAAAUGCCUUCAACAGACUUCAACAUCUGGAGGUCUUGAUUCUGAAUGACAAUUUGAUAUCUAGUCUGCCUGUAAACAUAUUUCAGUUUGUACCAUUAACUCAUUUAGACCUGAGAGGGAAUCAGCUCAAAGUGCUGCCCUAUACGGGUCUACUGGAGCACAUGAACAGCGUUGUGGAGUUACAGCUGGAAGAAAAUCCAUGGAACUGCUCUUGUGAGCUAAUCGCUCUUAAGACCUGGCUGGAAAGCAUUUCAUACACAGCUUUGAUUGGGGAUGUGGUUUGUGAGUUCCCCUUUCGGCUUCAUGGUAGAGACCUUGAUGAAGUUUCAAAACAAGAGCUAUGCCCGAGGAGAGCCAUUGCUGAGUAUGAGAUGCCGCCACCUCCGCAUUUGGGAGUAGAUUCAAACUACAGGACGACCCCAGCUCUUGGUGCCUACUUCACUGCAUCUGGCAUUGCAAGAUCCUCAUCAAGACCAACCAAGGGACCUCGUCAGUCUGCCAAAUUAAAAUCAAAACCCACCGCUCGAGUCCCAUCAAAUAAGCCACAGAAUUAUGGUCAAAUUGUUUCUUAUCAAACCAAAUCUCCAGUGCCUUUAGACUGUCCAGCUGCCUGCACCUGCAAUCUCCAGAUAUCAGAUCUUGGGCUGAAUGUGAACUGCCAGGAGAGAAAGAUUGAACAGAUCUCUGAUCUUAGUCCCAAACCAUACAACCCCAAAAAGAUGUAUCUCACAGGAAAUUAUAUCCCAGUGGUGCAUCGGUCAGAUUUUACUGAGGCAACCGGAUUAGAUCUGCUUCAUCUCGGUAACAAUAGGAUAGCUCGGGUAGAUGAUAGAGCUUUUGGUGAUUUGACAUAUCUGAGACGACUAUACCUUAAUGGGAAUUUGAUUGACCAUCUUAGAGCUGAUAUGUUUUAUGGACUAGAGAGCCUACAGUUCUUAUAUUUAGAAUACAAUGUCAUUAAAGAAGUAAAUGCUGACACUUUUCAGCAUAUGCCAAAACUUCAGCUUCUUUUUUUAAACAAUAAUCUCUUAAAAACAUUGCCAGAGGGUACCUUUAACGGCUUGACAUUAGCAAGACUAAAUCUCCGUAACAACCACUUGCGUUAUCUUCCAGUAAGGGGUGUACUUGAUCAACUCACAGCUCUUGUUCAAGUUGAUUUGUAUGAAAAUCCCUGGGACUGCUCUUGCAGUAUACUUGACUUGAAGAUGUGGUUGGAGCAGCUCAGCAUAGGGACAGUUGUAAAUAACGUUAUCUGUGGCUCCCCCAAGAAGUUGGCUGGAGAAGAUAUGAGAUACAUUAAGACAACUAAUUUCUGCCCUAAUAAUUCUGAUAUACUUGCUUCUAUGAUUCCUCCCUCAGAGGAAUCAUUUCCAGGGAGCACUAUCACUAUAGAAACAUCCUUAGACUCCAACACUCAGUUCAGCACCAUCCCUUUGUCUGUAAUGAUUCUUGCCCUUCUUCUAUUAUUUAUUGUGUCUGUGUUUGUGGCAGCAGGACUGUUUAAGGCUACAAAAAAAAGACACCAGAAGAAUCAAAAUGAGCAGAAUGAAUCAAUGAAUGCCUGCAUUAGCUCCCUCAACAUGGAGUAUGGCCUUUACAAAAAGGGAUCUAUUCCUAAAAUAAGAACAUCAGCUGGUCAUGUCUAUGAGUAUAUCCCACCUCCCACAGAAGCCACAUGCAGAACUGCUGCACAAACCCCUAUGGACAACAAAUCAGUAGAUGGAUUUAAGGACUUUGACGAGUUAAGCAGCGCCUUUCUGGGUAACUUAGAUGAAGAGGCAGGCAGUACUGUAAUAAGCUCUGAGUACAGCGCCACGACUCCAGAGCCUCUCAAGAAGCCCUCCACCCCUUACCAAGACGAUGUAUGCUACUAUAGAGAUGUACCCGAGCCUGACAAGAACCAACGCUAUAACAAUGCUUUACUUUGCAGGCAUGGAGCACACUCAUCAAAUCAGUAUACAUCAGACUUUGAUGCAAGAAACCAAUAUGUGCACCCAGAGAGCAUACAACAGACAAUACUGUAUUGCACAGCACCAAGCUCUGUUUAUGUAGAACCCAACAGAAGCGAGUACUGGGAACUGAAAGCAAAGCUUCAUCUUGAUCCAGAUUACCUUGAGGUUCUCGAAAAACGAACUACAUUCACACAGUUUUGAGACAUUGGUCCUCCACAUGUUCAGUUGCCACAUUUGUGUGAUAUACUAAGUGAAAUUAAAAAAGACUAUUUUGUAAACUCAGAAACUACUUUGCAAAGACAUUUAUUGUGUUUCCGAGAAAUAUGCUUUAUGAAGCGAGUGAUGCAAGGAGAACAUAAUUAAUUUUGAAGCAUCACUUAACACUCCAUUCCUGUGUGGUUUUGCAGUUUGGUUUGAGUGUGCAAAUACAAGCAUGAAACUAUAUAUUCAGAGCUCUUAUGACUUACCCUACCACAGAUUUUACCCUGCAACAGUAUCAUUAAUAAUGAUUUAGGAAUCAGCUUUAAAUCUCAAAUUGGCUGCAGUUUAUGAGUCGUAAUAAACCACGCGGACAAUAUGUUCCUGACCCCCAAAUAACUUUAUAUUAUUUGGCAGAACAGGUUUUCUUUAAAAGGCAGCCCAUUCUACGUGUUUUCCUGCUUCUUGAUAUGAGAAGCAUGCAUUCAAGUCUAGCUUUCAUUCAAUCUAUUUGUAACAUGAUUAAUUAUUAAUGGAUAUCUGCAUUUGCUUUGUUUCUUUAACCAAAAGCAUGAGUUAUGAGUGCAGUGAAAGUCUCCAUUCUAAUAGAAACAUGGGAGAAUGUAAAUUAUGAUAUAUAUAAUGAUAAUAUUACACUAGCCUUAUUUGUAGAGUGGGACUAUUGUGCAAACACACAGCAGACAAGUUAAAACAUUAAUGUCAUGAUUAGAAUAAAGUUAGAAGAAAGUAAGAAAAGCUACCUUUUGGUUAACAUCUUUUCAAGCAUUACAUUUUACAUUACAAAAAAAAAAAAACUUUAACACAGCUGAUAUACGUAUGCUCACUUAUCUUUGCUUAGAGUCUGGUCUAACUGACUUGGUGGUUCAUUCCUUUUUAUCAGAGUAUUUUUGUAAAGGAAAUAUCUUAUUGUUUUGUUGUUGUUUUUUACUUGCUGUUGUAGUUGGUAAAUGCAAUUUAUUGUUCCUUUUUUAUCUUUCUUCUUUCUAUGAUUUAAACAUUUUUGCCACUGCACUAUUUAAAUGUUGCUUUGUUUUACAGUUUAUACAUUACGUAAUAACAGCAUUUACUUUUACUUUUAAGGUUUUUAAUUUCUUUCUUUUUUUUUCAAUUUUGUUUUGCAGAGUUCAAAUCAUUUAUCUGGAGUGUGUUUUCCAUUUGUGGUGAUUUGGGCUGUUUGCUGCUUGUUUACACCUGCCGGUAUUAACCCCCUCUGUGACAACUUCUCAUGUGUCAAUCAGCAAAUCUUUAAGAUUAGGUUGAUAUUUUUUGCCUUUAAAAAAAAAGUAACGAAAGAAAAUUAGCAGUUCACUAUAUGUUUCUUUUGGCUUUUGCCUAUUUACACAUUGAUGUAUAUCCAUUUUUUUUUACAUUUUGUGAUUUCAACAACAAAGCAAUAACUGGACAUUUGAAAACAGUAACAUGCAAAGAAAAACCUGUUUAUUAUUUCAUACACACUCCUGUAUUUGGUUUGUACAUGUGCAGUGGUUACAUACAGUGGUUUCCAAACUUUUCUUGCUGGACCCACCUUUUGGUAAACAAAAAAUAUUCACAGUCGACUGAUUACCCCUAACCCAACUUUUCCAACAAUUGAACAAAGAAAAGCAAACUAAAGUAAGUUAAAUAAUGUAAUUCAAUAAACUACAAUCUCCUUCAAAUUAGAAAAUGACCACCUUUAAAGUGUAAUCAUUUCAAUUUUAACUAUGUAUUUUAGUGUGUAACAUUGCAAUACAUCUUAAAAAGAACAUCUCUCAAGAUGGGUCAAUAAUUUAAUUAGGCCCUCCUUUGAAACUACACUGGGCCCACCCUAGGGAACCCCUCACCACCCUCCCCCUCCUCUUAUGGAACUACUGGCUCAGUCAGACCAUGGCCGUAUAAAUAGAAAUAAUUGCAGCUAUAGUGUUUUGUUGGAAUAAUUUUUUAAAAAGAAUCGCAACAACCUAAUUGUUAAGUAAAUACCCCUUAAUUUUAAUCAAAUUGUAUUUCCAGUAAUUUAUUUUCUAUAAUUCUACGUAUAAAUUUGACCUUUGUACCAAGAAUCUUAAGAGGAGUUUUAAAACUAUUUGGUAUUAUGUGAAUACAUAGAAUGGAAUUCAAUUGUGCGUAUGUUCAUAAGAAAUAGCUAAUACAAUUUUUUUUACCAAGUUUGGUUCUAAAAAUGUUUUUUAAGCGCAAAAACAUUCUGUGUUAAGAACACUAUUUCUGGAUUGCCAUCUCUCUUGCAGAACUGAUAUUUUAAGCUUCGCGUGUGGUUUUUGCUACUCAUAUUCAAACCUGGUGCAUAAAUAAUGCACUUUGCAGAACCUUUCAUUUCCUAAAAAGACUCUAUUGUUAGUAUGGAUCAUUUAUAAUUUACUCACUUAUUUGAACAUAAUUCAAGGUUAUCUCUGCUGCAAUCAGCUGAUUAAACACCACUGUCCUUUCUAUGAUAGAGUAUAAUUUGCUCAUCUAAAUUAAGCCUAAAUAUGCACUGAAAAAGUGCUUUAUGGUUUAGCAGCUCUAUUUCAUGCUUAGUCACAAUCAGCAGACUGAAAUCUUAUUAUAUGGUCAAUACUAAAUGUGUAACCCAUCUAUGUAUUGUUAGUACUUGAUUUUUUGUUAAUUAGUCUAUUAAGAUUUAAUUAAUACCACAAACCUCAUAUUUGAGCCCCUUCUUCCAUUUUACUCAUUUACUCUCUCCUUUUCUAAAAUAUAGCAUUCUAAAAGAUUAUAUUUGUUGCUUUAACUGUUCUCUCGCAGCAAAAAACUCACAUAUUUAAAUGUCUGCCAGGAUUUUUCUCUGGAGUUGACAGGUUCUACCUGUGCAUGAGUAGAUGCUCUCUUCCUAAAACCAAAAGUGCAAAAAUGAGAACAAUUGACUACUUAAAACUGCUCUCUCUAUACAUGUGUGUUCAUGGUUGUGUGCUUUCAUUGAUUGAUUGAUUUGUGACCUGCACAGGUUGUACCCUGACUACUGCCUGUGCCCCUGCAAGGCAUAAGAGGAUGCAGAAUAUUGAUGCACCAGUGUACAUGUGUAAUUGUUAUAUAAGUUAUUUCUCUUGCAAAACCAGAUACUGGUAUGUUGGUUGGAAUUGGGUCUAUUUUAUGCUGUUUCAAUAUUCAUUCUAUUCAGGCCUCUGGCCCAGGUGAACAUAUGUUGUAUACCUAUUUUUAUAUUAGCAAAGAUGAACGUUUAGAUUCUUCUUUUAUAUCUGUUAUUUGUUUUUUGUUUUUUUCUUUAUUAACACGAUUUAAGAAAAUGCACUUAUGAUUCUGCUGAUCAAAGAUGAUGUCACUUUUGUAAAUGCACAAUACAGUAUCGUGUUUAUAGCCAUAGAUUUGGUCUGAUAAAUGCAUAAAGAAGGGUUAUGUAUUAUUACAAAAGCUUAUACUAUGCAUAGAUAUAGAUCACACUCAGACAAUCUGCUUUACUCUCAGUUACAAUUCCGCCUGUUUGGCUGAGAGGAUCUCUCUCAAAAUAUAGCAAAUUUACUAUUAAUUCAGAAAUUAACCUCUCUAUUGUGAGAGAUAUAAACCAUGUAUAAACAUCAGCUAAUAGCAGUUAAAAAAAAUAAAAAGAAAAAAAUAGAAAAACUCCAUGUUAAUACAAUAAAGUCACCUCUAUGCAAAAGGCUUCAAAGGAAACUGAGCACAUUGUUCAGUCAUAAUCUAUCUUUAUCAUCUGGGGAACUAGGGUGAGCCAGGAAAUAUGACUUUCCCUGAGAGUUAAAUAUACUGUAAAGUUAGUUUUCAAAUGCACUCAACUUGUUGUCAUAACUCAGCCAAACAAAGGAGAGGUUCCAUCUAUCCUAUCUGCAUGACAAGUUUUACUUUGCAGCAUGACGCUAAGCAAUGAGAAAUAAUUAAUUUGUUGCCUUUAUCACAUCUCAUAGAAUUUCUUAUGUAGGGUUAAAACAACUGUGCUAAAAUAUCCAAAGUUAAUACAUAACAUGCACCCCAUAGGUCUGACCCAUUUUUUCAUUUCCUCUAAGAACACCUCUAUAAUACUAUAAAAGUGGAAAAACACAGUAUACUAGUAGAAAUACAACAUUCUUGUUGUAGAGAGUUACUAGGUUUUGGUUGAUUGUAUAAUUUCUCACUGUGUGCUAUAACCUACACAUUUUAAAGCAGCAAAAAGCAAAAAAUGUACAUCUCAAAGUUUUGCUUCCUAGCGCCUUUUAAAUUUUACAAGGGAUGUCCUGAUCCGAUCCCAGGUAACGUUUCUGUAUCCUGAUUAGAAGUUUUUAAGUUUUUUUGUUUUCAUUGCCAGAAUUGAAUUUUGGGACUGAAUUGAAUUCCUGAUACCUGUUGGUGUUAUGCUGUGAUUUUCUGAGCCUCACUGCCAUCCUGUAGUGCAGUUCCAAUGCAGUCCCUACUUUCAAAAUCCCAUCUUAUUUUUGUUUUUAUGGCUUGAAAACUGUUAAGUAGGCGUUGCACAUUACUUUAUUUAUCAAAAACAAUCUUGUUUAUUACAUGCAUGUAAUACGGUUCAAAACAUGACAAAAUCAAUCCUAUUAUCUUUAACAUCAGUCCUUCCACAAUCCAAAGUUGUCUUAGUUUAUAAAAAAAACAAAAACAAAUUGCUUUUUUGAAGCUUCGGUGGCUGAAAUUUAACAAGUAAUUAUACAUCAACAUUAGCCUAGCACCUUGUUCAGCAUGAACAUUUUGUUAACACUAGCGAAAUAUGACUUUACUUAAGAUUGUAGCUGAAUGUUCACUACCAAAUACAUAUGUACUCUGACUUAGUAUUUGCAAAUGCCUGCUUUUAAAAGUAUUGGAUCCAUUACUACCAGGGACAAAACUUUCUGAUUAGGACAUCCCUAAUUUUUAUUUACAUUAAGGUUACUUAAUUUUUUUACAAAGCAGCAGUGUCAGAAAAUGUGAUUGCUGUAUAUAGCAGCAGUUUUUUAAGUUUUUUUUUAUUCACCAUGUUGUUAUAACUGACAAUAUGCAAUUGUUUUGUGGUUCCAAUUAAGACUAUGUAUAUUAAUAAGAAGCCAAUUGUGCUAGAAUAAAAUGUUUCUGUGUGUGAAUAUGUGCCAAUGUUUAAAUGAAGAGAGGAUAUUUGGAUAUUUUCUGAUUCCUAUUACAGCUCCUCUGUUUGCCUGUGUUUGCUUUUUUUGUUUUGUUUUUAUAUAUAUAAUAAUGAUGUUUCGGUGUCAGCCUAAUUUGUAAAUAGAACACUUUAUCAGCAUUUUUUCAGUGCAAAGUUGUUCCACUUUUAAAGGCAAAAAAACCCUUGUUUUUUCUAUUUGGAAAAAACACAGAGCAACUAGGAAUAUGUGGGAUAAGUAUAGCUACAGU